AUGACGCUGCCAAAAACGACCGAAAGUAACUCCCAAAAAGGAUCGGCUUCAGGGCAAGCGCAAUAUGCUAAGCUUCCGAAGAAUUUGGCACCACCGCCCCCGCCAACAAUUACCAAUGUAGCGCCAGGAGCCAUGGGAGGCCCAACAGGACCUCCUCCUCCUCGGCACGCUGCGCAUCGGUUUUACACGUUUCCAGGUGCAGUCCCAUUCGAUCCCACGGAUCGAGGAGCUCCUGGUCCGUACACUGCCGCGCAAUAUGAAAAGGCUCGUGCUGGGAUGGGCUUACCGCACUACGCUCAGCCACCGCCACCACCAGGUGCAAGGGGAGUACAAGCAUCGAAUUCUGGAUCGCCCAAAUCUCAGUUGAAUCGGGGCAGAGACCAAGCGCCUCCGCGUCCUCACUACCCCCCGCCCAUGCAUGGUCCUCCAGAUCGUCAUUCUGUGGCGCAGCCUCACUCAGGAUCUUACCCUCAAAUGGAACACCGUCCUCCACAUUGGCCUUCUGGUGGUGCGAGAUUCCCCCCACCGACUUUCGCCCAGCCAUAUCCCCACCCUCCUGGAGCAGAUCACGUGCAUCAUGCCCAACCUGGUCCGUAUCGGUAUUCCGACUCAUCAUUGAGAAGAGAGGCUGUUUCAAGGCUCACCAGCGCGGAUCGAUACAAUGUUCAAUUAGAUGAUAGAGAAGGGGCAACUUCUCCCAGUCAGAUUGAGACUUCACACCGGGAAGAAGUGACGACAAUGGGAUGUACUUGUAAAAAGACAAAGUGCUUGAAGUUAUACUGCCAGUGCUUUGCUGUGAAAAUCUACUGUGGUUCAAACUGUCGGUGUCUGGGAUGCUGUAAUACUCAAGCCUAUGAAAAGGAUCGCAAGGAAGCCAUACGGAACAUUCUUGCCAGGAAUCCAACUGCCUUUGAUACCAAAUUCAAAAAGACUUCGGAUGGUCAAAUUAUAAUUGACAAGGCAGUGCCGGCACCAGCACCAUUGGAUCGAAGUCUAGCACACAAGCUUGGAUGCAAAUGUAGGAAGAGUGCCUGUGUGAAAAAGUACUGCGAGUGUUACGCUGGGGGCGUCAAGUGUAGUGCCAAUUGUCGGUGUUCGGGAUGCAAGAACAUGCCAAUUGGCGGUUUUGGUAAUGGUCCACCCAGUAUGACUGGAACUCCAAUUCUGCCUUCGACUGCAACAACCCAGCCUGCCCAAGGCGGAAAAACCAAUGGAUCACCACGCCCAGGGUGGAUGAUGAAUGCUGCCCAAAAUCUGGCAUUCCUUAAACACGCUUCUCCGGCCGCACAAAAGGCGAAACGAAUGUCCAUAGAAUCUGUCGAUAUGGGGUCCAUGCCUUCUUUAGCCUCAGAAGGAUCAUCAUCACCUUCAGCAGAAGCGCAUGGUAAUGGUAGUACAAAGACCAAGACAAACGCAGGUGCAGGUAUAAGCGCGAGCAUUCCCGCAAAUGCAACUUCUGGUGCAAAUACCAAUCAAGCUGGAGAUAGGGGUAAAGCCACCGCGGCAACGGCGACGAAAGGAGCCCAGAAGAAGAUAGAAGAAGCAACUUCUUCAGAGAAAACUGCAGUUAGCGCGUUAUUGAUGGCAGCUGUGGCAAUGACGGAAAUGGUCAGCACGGAUGAUGGUGAAACUGCAACUCCGCCAGCAAAAACGACGUCUUCGCGAGAACCGAUGGAAGUGGACUUUGAAACUCCGCAAAAGAACCUUCUGGACAAGUUCAACUCACCAAAGCGAAAAGUAGGCGACAGAGAAGUGCCCAAAAUGCCGGCUGAAACCGGUUCCAUGAGUGAAGCGCAAAGCAGUAGUGGUGAUGAUGACUCUCCGAAGAGGGACUUCGAGGGGAACAACACCCCGCACAGCAACCAGCAAAAGGUGAAACGAAGUCGGAUUGGGUCGCAUAAGAAGUUUUCAAAGACCUUGGGGAAUGACUUGGAUCCAAAGCAAGUAGCCAGUGACGUUAUUGCUUCCACAGACUUUUCAACACCGAAUACCAAGGGACAAUUCAAGACGGCUGACUUGACUCCUGUGUCCGCAAGAUGUAUAGACUUUCGCAACAUGCAUGUCAACGAGACAACUACUGCCAAAGCGGAAAAUUAA